CGUUACUACAGUGGACGACCCACAUUCCGCACGGAAAGACUUGCCGUAGCCGCUAUACACAGUAAUCGGUUGUAUAUAACAAAGAGUAAGCUCUUUGACCGAGAAGACAGGAACGUAGCAUCAUGCAUUGGUACCAAGUCCAAAUGCAGUUUACGCUGGUGCUAAGCUUUGCAAUCUGCGGUCUCACACAAAGCGGUACAUCAUGGGACACUGUGCGGCUCGUGCCAGUGGAAGACCCAACCCAGUCUCCCGAAACCUCGUAUCGCUCCGAGGACGACGCUUCGUUUGCGAUAUAUUCGAGAAAUCUGUCUUCUGUUCUGGGCGACAAGCAAACUUUUUACAACGACUUUAUGGAAGGAUGCCGCAAGGCUGUGAUGGAAUCAGGAUCCGAUCCUGAUGUUGUGUGCGACAAAGAUGAUGGCCACCGAAUGCGUAUGAAUGUCUACCAGCCUCAGUCGGUAGUCAAUUACACCAAGACUGGAUUUGCAAAAGUGAAAACCCCUCCCGAGGUCUUUCGUUUGCUCAAAGAGUUCUGGGAUUUGAACAAAGAAAAAUCCUACGUAGAAUGGAGUGGGCCAACACCGUACCACAACAAUUGGGAAGUGCCACCGACGGUCAUUCGCGUCGACAACACUACUUUAGAAACCGGCGGCAUCGAAUUACAAAGGGCUAUAUCAAAUGCUGCGAAAGCUCUCAUGGAGGAAUGGACUGGGCAGCGUCUUUCCUAUUCUUCGGUCUACGGUAUUCGCAUUUAUCAUAAUCAAUCCGUGCUGUCGCCACACGUGGAUCGAUUGCCACUCGUCAGUUCCGCCAUUAUCAACGUGGCGCAAGAUGUCGACGAAGAUUGGGUUUUGGAGGUAUACGAUCAUGAUGGAGUUGCCCAUAAUGUUACUAUGGAGCCAGGUGACAUGGUCUUAUACGAGAGCCAUUCGGUCAUUCACGGGCGGCCAUUCCCUUUACAAGGAAAAUUCUUCGCCAAUUGUUUUGUGCACUUUGAACCGCUUGGGCCGCUCGAUCAAUCUGAAAUCAGCGUGAAUAAUGGUGAUUUACCUCCAUACCUUAUUCCCGGCUCGCAGUGGGAAGCAGAAUACCGCCUCAAACACCCAGACGGUUGGAGUGUUUUGAGCGAUCCCAUGUCUCUCAUUCAAAGCGGAGAUUUGCCUCUCUUGCGAUAUGUCGGCAGGAACAAGCCGGAAGUCCUUCAUAAACCGGACAAAAUAGACUGGAGACCAAUCCAUGAGGUUUGCCGACAAGGAAAUCUGGAAAUAUUGAAGUACUUGGUCGAGCAAGACGCUGACAUACAUGCCGUCACAAAGGCAUACGGUAAUUCGGAGCCGCUUGACAUUGCCAAACGAUAUCUGGCCUCCGAUGAUCCGGUAAUUGAAUAUCUCGAGGAGAAACUACGGGCAGAAGAAAGCGAUCAUUCCGAGCUUUAAACCAGCCAAUUAGUUUAUUCUUUUUAUAGCACGCU